GAGGUGACCUGAUCUGAAUUCACAGAUUCCCUUUUUCCUUUGUCCGUUCAUCUCCAUUUCCCCACAGCAUUAGCAACAAUAGAAAACAGCUUCUGAGAGAGAGACACGCGCCAAAGAAAUGGUCAUGCUCAUGCUAUUGCUCACCACACUGUAAACACAUGCAUCCAAAUAUGAAUAAGCCCUAAAUAAGAGAGAGAGAAUGGAGUUUGGUGGAAUAUACUAGUAUAUAUUUCCUUUUUUCUCUGUUCCGUUGAGUUUCCAUUAUCCACAACUUGGGCGUGGAUCAAUCCGAAAAAACUCACACUUCAUUUUUUUUUUCUGUUUCCGAAAAAAAAGGGAAUAGAUAUCGGCUUUGUUUGUUUCUCUGGUGGAUCCGUGCUCUUGCAUACGCUAAUCAUUUGUUAGAUUCAUUGGUUUCGGUUCGAAUAUGGAUUCGGAGGAUUUCCGAUCCAUAUUGGAGAGUGCAGGCGUCGACGUUUGGGUGUUGAUGGACGCGGCAAUCGCCGUGGCUUCCGCCGAUUACGCCGACGAAUUGAAACGCCGGAGAGAUGGAAUCGUGGAGCGUCUAUACACUGCGGCUUCGGCGCCGCCUCGGUGCCAGAACUGCGAUGCCGGCGAUGGAGAAAUCAAGAAGCGGAACAGUCCAUCAACGGAGGACGAGGAGGAAGAAGAUGAGGAAAAGGAUCCUUAUGGAGGCUUGUUCGAUGACGAGCAGAAGAGGAUUCUAGAGAUUAAAGAGCAACUCGAAGACCCUCACCAGUCUGAAGAUUCGUUGGUGGAGCUGUUACAGAAUCUGGCAGAUAUGGAUAUUACAUUCCAAGCGUUAGAAGAGACUGACAUUGGAAGGCACGUGAAUCGGUUACGGAAGCAUACGUCUAAUGAUGUUAAGAGAUUGGUGAAGCUACUUGUCAGGAAGUGGAAGGAAAUUGUAGAUGAAUGGGUGGUGAAGUUGAAGACACCGGGAGCACCGGGUACUGCUGUAAUGGCUGAUGAAGACUGGCCCCAGCAGAAAACUCCACAAAAUGAGCAUCGUCAGAUUCCUGAUUUUGGGUACUCACCAAACCCACACAAUGGGAUUUUUGGGUCAGAGCGCAUCAAUACUGAAGCGCAACAAAAGCCAAAAGCAAUUCCUCGCAAAGAAGCUCCCCCAAAAUCCGCGCCAUCACCAUCAGUCCCUGCUCCAGCUCCUCCUCAAAACAGACAGAGAGAGAGCAAUUUUGAUUCGGAGAGACUUGCCUCGGCAAGAAAACGGCUUCAAGAGAAUUACAAAGAGGCUGCAAAUGCCAAAAAACAAAGAACUAUUCAGGUGAUGGACCUCCAUGAAUUACCAAAACCCAAGAAUGCCUUCUUUGGAAAAAACAAAGGCGGCAGCGGUCAGGGAAGGCAUUGGUGACCCAUCAUCACCCAUGUACGUGGCGAGUUGCGUGUAAAAAGGCUUUUUGUGGGAGGGUGAUGCCGGAUAAUCCUAAGACCCAUUUGAUCCCUUUAUAUUUUUCCUCCCCAACAUAAAAAACCCCUUGUGGUUUUUUGUUUACUUAAUAUCAACCCCAAAAUUCCAUAUUAUUGACCAAACUAUGUUUUUUAUGAAAUGUGGGCUAGGUACGGAGCACAUGAUGAUUUCAGGAUCAGAAUGAAGAUGAAAAUGCGGUUUGAGGGGGGAGGGGGAGGGGAUCGAAUACAUUGAUCUUUUUUGGUUGGAGCAUGUAGAGUAUGGGUAAAUGGUCCAUUUGGUGCUCCAGUAAAGACUGUUUAGCAUGAUUUUUGUUUUUGUUCUUAUCUUAAUGGCACAUCCAACAAUUCCAGCCAACUAGGCGAGUGAAGAGUUGACUACUUCCUACUCUUAUCCAUUUGCACGAGCGCGGGUCCGGUCGUGGGGUAGUUUAGCUGGUGCUAUAAUCAAUUCUUGUCUGGCCUGAGACAUAAUUUGUGUAGAAAGUAGUGAGCUGAUCUUUCUGAUCUCGACACAUGAAGCGGAGCGCAUUACACUUCAUUGUGCAUGUCAGCAUUGCACACCAUGUCCCAUUGCGUCCAAAAAUUCGUUUUUGAGGUUUCUCAUUCGGUUGCCCACAUUAGUUUUGUGUGCCGAAUUUUUAGUGUAUUUCAGCCGUUUAACAGGGCCGGCUUUAGGCUUACACUUAGACUUGAUUAGUUUUUAUGCGGGUCCGUCCAGGAGAAAAUUUAACAAUGUGUAUAUACAAUUUUAAAAAUAUUAUUGGUUAAAAAUUUAUACUAAGUUAAUAUUAUCAUAAAAUGUUUUUU